AUGACGCCAGACGCAGACGCGAUUGCCAACUGCGUGCUCUCAGCGUUCGACGAGCUCCCAGAGAAGCGCAAGCCGCGGCCGCGCGGCGACGGAAGCAGAGAAUGGGUUCCGCUCGCCGGAAUUGUCUUAGUUAAGGGUACGGCUGCAAUGCAAGCUCAGCAGAGCUGGAGUAAGCUUAUACUCAUCAUCUAG